AUGAAUAAUUAUCGGCGGUAUAAUCCGCUACUUGAUGAGUGGAUCAUUGUGGCGGCGAAUCGAAUUCGACGGCCGUGGAGCGGUGCUGAUGGUAGAGCGGAGAAGAUCGGGCAGCGAAACGAAGGCGUCGGCAACUCGUUGGCGCCCGGCGGUGUCAGAAGCAGCGGAAAGGUUAAUGACAACUACACAUCGACAUACGUCUUCGACAACGGUUUUCCGUCGUUCACCGAGUUGGACGAAUCGCCGGAAACCGAGAACGAUGAUUUAUUCAAGCAAAUGGAGAUUCGCGGAGUGUGCCGGGUGAUUUGCUAUCAUCCGGACAGCGAUUUGACAUUGGCGACGAUGAAAAUUGAGGAUGUCCGCACCGUUGUCGAUGUGUGGAAUCGACAGUUUAGCGAGCUCGCGGCCAAAUACGAAUGGAUUCAAAUAUUUGAGAAUCGCGGCGAGGUUGUCGGAUGUUCCAAUAUGCAUCCGCACGGUCAAUUAUGGGCAUCCAAUUAUCUGCCGACGAUACCGCAGAAGAAGUUUGAUACACAAAAGAAAUACUUUGAAAAGCACGGAACACCGCUUCUCAUCGAUUAUCAAAAUAAGGAGUUGGCGAGAAAAUCGCGAAUUGUCGCCGAGAACGCCACGUGGAUCGCAUUGGUCCCAUAUUGGGCGGUGUGGCCGUAUGAGACGAUGAUUUUGCCGAAGCGACGAAUUCAGCGAUUCGUCGAAUUGAGCGACGACAAGAAAAAUGGGAUUGCCGAGAUGCUGCAAACGAUUUUGAUCAAAUAUGACAAUAUUUUUGAGUGCUCAUUCCCAUACAUGAUGGGUUGGUUCGGAGCUCCUACUGGCAGGUACCUCGAGGAGAACUGCGAGUUUUGGCAACUUCAUCUUUGCAUCUACCCGCCACUUUUGAGAUCGGCGCACAUUCCGAAAUUCAUUGCUGGCUAUGAGGUUUUUGCGGAGAAACAAAGGGAUAUACUGCCGGAAGACGCCGCGGAGAAGCUUCGAAAAAUGUCUGAUGUGCAUUACAGCAAAAUGAAGAAAUAA